AACUGCGUCGAUCAUGCGUCUGACGAAGGCAAUGAGCAGCCUAGUGGAUGGUAACGUUCUGGUGAACUUGUACGGGUUUAACGAUUUUGAUCAUGCCCAUGCUAUGGUUGAUAUUCGAAGUGAUGCUAGUAGUGAAUGGGUUACAAGAUGACGACGAUGAAUGGAUUGAUCCAACAGACAUGGUGAACUAUGAUGCUGCAAGUGGUACAAUGAGAAGACCAUAUCUGAACAGAGAUGAACAAGAUGAUACUGAAACUCAUAAAGGCACCUCAGAAAUUUAUCAGGACCGAGCUACCUGUCCAGAUUGUACAAUUUGUGAGCGAACACGGGAUAGUUUACAGAAGAAGUUGGAAGAAAUUAACAACGUACAAUCAGCUGAAGCAUCAGGAAUCAGUUGCAAUCCUGUUUUUAAAAGAUAUCUCAAUAAACUGCUGCUAGAGAUUGAAAGAUUAAAUUUGCCUGAUGAUGAAAACGAAGUUCAUUAUGAUGCAGAGGUUUAUGUUACAAAGAACGAUGUGAAUGAGAUAAAGAUGUUUCUCAAUGGUAAACCAUGGAAGUCUGGUCCUAUGGAUGAUGCACUUAGUAAACUUCUGAUUAAUUUUAAGCAUCAUGAUCCUGAAGUUUGGAAAUGGAAGUUUGAGAACUAUUUUGGAGUGGAUCUCUCGACAGUACUUCAGCUCCUGAUCUGCAUACUUGGUAUUAUUGCAAUUGUUCAUCUGGCAUGGGCAUCUUUGAAACGACCCUGUCAUUUCAUAUUAUUCUGCUUUUUGAUUAGUUUUGGGUGGAACUGGGUGUUUUUGUAUAAGACAGCCUUUGCAAAGCGCCAAGCUAACGUAGCCAAGUGGGAAUAUGAUAAACCUAUAUGUGCAGGGGUUGAGAAAAUGAAUUGGAAAGGCAGUCUGGUUGAGUGGUUCAGGCGAACAUGGACUCUGCAGGAUGACCCAUGUGAAGAAUACUAUAACGACCUGUUGGUAGAUCCAGUUUGGGAAGUUCCACCAAGCAAGGCCCUGAUGCUGACUUUAACAACACUGUUCACUGAACCCUUGAAUCAUAUCGGGAAACCCAUCAGUCAGUUUUUUCGAGACGUUCUUAAAGAACUUCCAUGGCUAUUGCAGUUUUACGUGGCCUGCUUGAUAGUUCUGUCCUUUAUUGCAAUUUGCUAUUUCUGUAUUCAUGCAGUUUUUCGAUAUGGUUUACCUAGAUUCCAUCCAGAUGAUCAUUUACGGCCUCCAAUUGCGCACCAUAGUGUGCCAUAUAUAGCGCAAAACUCCGUUCAUGAUACCUUUUAUCAAAGGGAAAGAUGUGUGGAUUAUCAGGCAGGGGGGGAUGCUCGAUACGUUCCUGAUGCCAGAAAAGAUACCAAAAACGAACAGUCUCAGUCUGCAGUUACAGGUCCUGAUAGACAAAAUAAUAUGAAUCAACAGGGUGUUGAAGAUGUAAUGAAUUGGGAGAGAACUAGGGUGUCUGAAAAUGGGAGUGGUGACAAUCAGCUACGUAGAAGAGUAGUACCAGGCCAUCAUUUUUCUAGGCACUCUUCUGAAAAUCAGCAGCCAGUCAGUGGCACCGUUUUGUCUACUGAACCACAGCCACUUGGAGAAAAUCUACAAAAUGAUACAAAAUUUGUCAUGGAACAUAAUGUUGCUCAUCAGGCUGGAGGGGUUGUUGGACAGAAUGAACUUGGUGUUUUGCAAAGUAAGAAUACAAAUGGCCUCCCUUCUAGCAACUCUAAUAAGAUAAGAGCGAGGGAGAAGGGUGUGCAGAAAAAUGGACAAACUCUCGAGGACCCCUGGAUAGCUGACAAGUCUAUCAAUGCAUUUCCACAGCAUCCAUCAGACAAUGCCACAGACAUGGAACCUAUUGAUAAAAAGAAUCUCCAAGAAAAACUUGAAAAUGAGGAAUCCUUCGUAGAAACUGUGGGAACAGAGGAUUUCAACAAUCUAGAAUCUGGAGAGAAUCAAAGAACAUGAAGACAUGUUGAAAUCAUGUUAAAGCAGAUAACAUAAUUUGUGACAAUUGAUUGCUGGAAAUUUAAGAUAACUGAAAGAUGAAAUAAUUGAAGAUAAAGCAUGUCUUAAUACAACAGCAAUAACAAGAAUUUACACUGUAUAUAUACAUCUCUGAAAUUUUGGGAGUGAAAAAAUACUAAGUUUUCUAGUAGUGCUUGCGUAUCACUGCACAAAUUACAUUCAGAAACAUGAGAAAUUCUGCAGAUGCUGGAAAUCCAAAGCAACAAACACAAAAUGCUGGAGGAACUCAGCAGGUCAGGCAGCAUCUCAAUAAACAGCCAACGUUUCAGGCCGAGGUCCUCCUUCUGGACUGGAAAGGAAGGGGGAAGACACCAUAACAAAAAGGUGGGGUAAGGGAAGCAGGAUAGCUUGAAGUUGAUAGGUGGGUAGGAAAGGUAAAGGACUGGAGAGGAAGGAAUCUGAUAAGAGGAGUGACAGGGGGAGGUGCUAGGCAGGUGAGAAAAGGAUAUUUUCCAAUAGUGAUCAACAUUAAAACAAAAUCUGUUGUGGCGUCAUUACUCAUCCACAGGUGUAACAUAGAUCUGUAUUCUACAGUUAUCCAGCAUCUCCGUGAUCAUUGAAAGAUAGUUCUUACUUGUCAAAGGUAUUUAUUUUCGAAACUCAGCAUCUUAGAGUUCUUUAAAUGUUCUACUGUACAAUAGGACACUCAUUGUAAUCAAUAACUUGCGUAUUCCCACUGCUGUAUUUUAGAAAAGCUAAGAGUCAAAUGUUUUGCAAUUGCAUUACAGAACAAGUAUUUUGAAUAAAGGCAAAAUAAGGGAAUGCUUUAACAUUUGCAAAGUAGAUCUUUAGCAGUUUCUCAAACCAACUGUACAUACGUUAACUUCAAAAUUUACAAAUGCUUAAGCUCUUGCAUUAAUACAUGGAUAUUUAUGAAGGUUUUCCACAAUUGUAUUUGAUCAUUCCCUUCACAAUUAUAAAAUGUAUACACAUUCAUCACUAAACUGGAAGCAAGAAUACAAAAAAAAAGAUCUGCAGGAGCAGGAUUUUGAGUUUUAAUUUAAACUUAAUUUCUAAAAACGGUACACUGAUUCCAAAGAAUGUAUACAUUAUUGAAAUUAUUUAUGCAUAAUUCAACCAUAAGUUUAUCAUACGUGUUUCUUCCUGUCGCAAUUGAAAAAAAAACCUAAAAUUCUGUAGUUUCAUGAAAGGAUCUUGAAACGGAGAAUCAGCCCAAGAUUGGCAGCACCAGUCAUCAAGUAAGCCUGCAAUUUAUGUACAUUUGAGAAUUGUUCCAUUUAUAAAUACAAUUUCCUGUAGGCAUUGCCAAAACAAGUCAAACAAUAAGUAGUGUAAUUUUUCUGUAAUUAAAAUGUUACUAUUUUUUGCUAUUAAUUCCAAUGUUUGUUGAUCUCAUAACAUGUAAACCUAAAAAUCAUAAUAAUUCUUUUCAAACGAGAAAAUUUGCAGAUGCUGGAAAUCCAAGCAAUACACAAAGCACUGGAGGAACUCAGCAGGUCAGGCAGCAUCUACGUAAAGCUGCUGCCUGGCCUUCUGAGUUCCUCCAGCAUUUUGUGUGUGUUGAUAAUAUUUUCAUUUUACUCUUAAGCAAUUUGCAUUAAAAUUAUAUUCCUGUAAAAUUUUAACAGGUCAAUAAAAAAAGCAAACAAUUACUCAAUUGAGUACAUUUUAGACAAAAUUGCCGGUUGCUGGAAAUCCAAAGUGCAGUGUAAAUUUUACCAAUUUCUCAUGAAUA